AUGUCCACGGAUAAGAUCACCUUCCUUGCCAACUGGCACGCUACGCCUUACCACGCGCCUCUGUACCUUGCUCAGGCCAAGGGAUACUUCAAGGAUGAAGGCAUCAAGGUGGCCUUGCUGGAGCCCAACGACCCUAGUGACGUCACCGAAAUCAUUGGCACAGGCAAAGUCGACCUUGGCUUCAAGGCCAUGAUCCACACUCUGGCUGCCAAGGCUCGCAACUUCCCCGUGCUCUCCAUCGGAAGUCUUUUGGACGAACCCUUCACCGGUGUUGUCUACCUCAAGGACUCUGGCAUCACAACCGACUUCCGCUCUCUCAAGGGCAAGAGAAUCGGCUACGUCGGCGAGUUUGGCAAGAUCCAGAUCGAUGAGCUCACCUCGCACUACGGCCUCACUCCCGCCGACUACACCGCCGUUCGCUGCGGCAUGAACGUCUCCAAGGCCAUCAUCAACGGCGACAUUGACGCCGGAAUUGGCCUGGAGAACGUCCAGAUGGUCGAGCUGGAGGAGUGGCUUGCCAGCCAGGGCCGCGACAAGUCUGACGUCCAAAUGCUCCGCAUCGACGAGCUGGCCGAGCUCGGCUGCUGCUGCUUCUGCUCCAUCCUCUACAUUGGAAACGAAAAGUUCAUCUCUGAGAACCCGGAAAAGGUCCGCGCCUUCAUGCGAGCCGUCAAGAAGGCCACGGACUUUGUUCUCGCCGACCCCCACCAGGCCUGGAAGGAGUACGUCGACUUCAAGCCCGUCAUGAACUCCCAGCUCAACUGGAAGAUCUUUGAGCGCAGCUACGCCUACUUCUCCCAGGACCUGAAGAAUGUCGAGCGCGACUGGGACAAGGUCACCAAGUAUGGUCAGAGACUUGGCGUUCUGAGCCCCGACUUCAAGCCCAACUACACCAACGAAUUCCUCGGCUGGGGUCUCGAGCCCGACUCUGCCGACCCAACCGGCGACCAGAAGCGCAUGGUUGAACUCCAGCGCAAUGUUGCCUGCUGCGGCGGCUUCCACCGGCUUCCCCUGACUGCGAAGGCUUAA